GGUAUAUAAAGGGAGCAGGCUGGUUUUGAUUUUUUGAUUUAUUUCAAUUUAUAUCCUUGAAAUAAUGAGGGUCGAAUAUACAUAAGUUGAACUUUUGUUACACAUACUUACUAAAAUUUAGAAAGCCAAAUUUGCAUUUAUGCUAAUUUGGAUAGUAUUGAAGGAUCCCUCUUAUAAAAGAAUGCAGACAGAAUUAAGAGAUGCAUCAAUAAGUUACAGUUCAUUACUUUCUUUUCCAAAGAAAUCCUCAAUUCAGAUAAGCGAUGAUUAUCAUCGUGACCCUCUACUCGCCCCUAAGAAGUUGUCAACUGACUCAUUUAAUUUUUAUCACUAUUACAAUUCUGGUGCAGUAGAAAACAGUCGACGUCCCGGGUGGGGGAGUGGUCCUCGCAAAGUGUUCACGUUUUGCGUCCUCUCCGUAUUUCUCCCCUGUGUCCUAGUCUCGGUAUGUCUUUUCAUGCGAUUCGUCGUCCAUGGUUCGUCGCUGUAUCAUUUGGCUCCAUCAGAUAUGAGAAUAUUGGAUCAACGCAUUUCCACCAUUUGGUGUCAGAGCGAAAGUGUCAAAGGUAACACUACCUUCACAGCCUAUCUCACGGAUGGAGAACCAGAAAUGUUCAAGUCUCCAGAAACUGUCGUAGUUGAGAGAAAUGUCAUAAUUCCUGACGAUCAUAAGGAAUAUUGGGGAUUCUACCUUCUCCAAGGGUCAACUUUUCGGGUCCACACUUGUGCAAGAUUUAAGGGAGGCACACUGCUCAUCGUACAAGGAAGGAACCAUUUAGAACAUUGUGCCUACAUUGGCGAAGCCGACUCUGCUGGAAACUCUGACGAAUUCUCAUCGUCCAAUAGUGUCGAAAUCAAUAAACCAUCCACCAACUCUACUUCUGGCAGUAGAGAAGAAAUGGGUGCAAUCUUGUCAAAAAUUCGCCAAUUUAUACGAUCACGUCCAAAUAAUUAUGGCAAAUUAAAGAAGAAUUUGGCAGAUUGGAUGCUUGUUGACGAUGAAGUUGUUGAGGACGAUUACAAUAGUACAAUGAAUGCGUCCUUAGAAGAAGAAACCACAUCGUCAUCUCCACCAGUAGAACAAGAUUUUGCUCAAAUAACUAAUACAACUCAGACACAUAACGAGUCGUCCAUCGUAGUUGAACACGGCACGGUACUUCGACACCGACGCGGUACAGCAGAGAUUCGAAAAAUCUCAGAAUCUGGAGAAAAUGGUGCCUUCGAAGAAAUCGACAGCGUUCGUCCCGACCCAAAGUCGUCCUCGCAUCCGCAUCCUAGUCAUAAUCAGCAAACUUCGUCUUCAAUCUGGUCUCAAGAACAUGGGGACGAACACGGAGUUUUAAAUGACCACGUUAAUCCAAACGAUGGAUCAAAUUCGGAAUCUGAGUCGAGUUGGUCGAGCAGCGAGGAAGCAAUGGCCAAGUGCGAAGGCGUCGUGGCAAACUUUCCCCUCAAAGCAAACGAUAGCUGCGGACUUGACGACGAUCUUUGGAGCAUUGAUUCUCCCCCGUUUUACGAAGGUUACGUUAACACGAGUGGAUAUUAUUAUUUUAUUUUUGGCUCAGAAAAUGAAAAACGGGACAACAUUAUCAAGAUGAAGUUUGAAUUGGAGAAAUUCGUCUACCAUUUACCACCACCUAUUGAAAACUGUACUGGAGUUAAAGACUGUCACGUUAAUUUUACUUUCGCCUCGAACGAGAAGUUGGUGAUCACCGUGCCACAACCCACAGUAAAUUUAGAGUCAGCAUGGAAUGAUAUUUACGUCGCGGAAUCAGAUUGUCGUCCUAGGACGGCUGUAUAUCUACUUUUUGUAAUACUUGUUCCAAUCGUAAUACUCAUGUGCGCAUUUCAAUAAAUUAGGUUACCCGGUUUUUACAAUACGGGUUUUAACUUUAUAAUAAGACAAAUGGAAUGUAAAUGUACAUACAUCAAUGUAAAUUACUUAUAACAUAAUUUGCUUAUUGUUUGUUUUACUAGGAUAAAAAUUUGUGAUUAAUCGUUGUGUUGUUAAAAUUGUCAAUUUAAUUUAAACUUUUUUCUUAACUUUACACACAGUUUUAAUUAUAUUUAUCAAAACUGGAAAUUUAUACUCACUUGUGUACAUUUUACAAGAAGAUUAUGAUCCAUGUAUAAACACUUUCAUGUCAGUAAUAAAGUCAAGCUUAUGUACAUAAUUACAUAAAUUACAUACAAAA